AUGUCUUCCCAAAAAUGAACUUGGCCUCUAUAAAUGAUGAUCCUUAUUUUUCUUGGAGUGAUAGCAACCUUGGGAGUAAUCAGUCUCCUAGUUCAUUUUCUGGCAGUUGAUAAAUUUGGGCUGGUCAAGUUUCCUCCCACAAAAAGCAUGAGGACUGAAAUCAAAGCUGUUUUAUAGCAGAUACCAGCAGACAACAUGGCAUCCUGGAAUUCAGUUCCUUGUCCAUGGAACUUAACCAGUUAUGGGAGUCAACUAGCCAACAGUGUCACAGCUGGCAACCAAAUUGUGAAUGGGACGAUUGCUCUGAAAGGGGAAUGGUCAUGGUAGGCCAGCAUGUGAUGGAAACACAACUGCUCUCUGAUCAGCUGCAGGUGGUUAUUAUCUGCAGUUUACUGCUUUGUUAAAUAAGUUUAAAACAAAAAUAAUUCAAAGGAUUGAACUCUCAACUUUGGAACUGUAGUAAAUAGACCAUACAUAACAUGAAAAAUUCAAAGAAUUAUUUUUCAUGAAAAUUAUAACAGUGCUAAAGUUCAUGAUAGUAUUGCCCUUGUGCAGCUGCCUGAAGAAGUCUUUUUUACAAAGUAUGUUCAUAGGCUUUAUCUUCCUGAAGCAAAUAUAAAGCUCUCAGAAAAGAACAAUGUUGUAGUUGCAGGAUGAGGAAUACUUUAUUGAAUGAUAAGUUUUUUUUUUUUAAAAAAAAAGGCUUUUUUGAAGAUUAUUGACAGCAAAGAUUGCAAUGCCUCAUGUGCAUUUUCUGGCCUGAUGGCUGACGCGAUGUUAUGCACUGGUUGUAUGUCAGGAGAAGCCAAUGCCUGUCAGAAUGAUUCUGAUGGACCACUGGCUUACUCUAACUCCAGAAAUAUCUGGCAUCUUUUUGGAAUAGUAAUUCAGAAUGAUGGAUGA